CGGUGACGUCACAGGGACGCCGCUGGCGGCGCAGUCCGCCUCGGAGUGUGGCGCGAGGCCGCGACUCCUGCUUUGGUUCCGCCCUGGCGCGGCCUGCGUCUGCGGAGCGGGUGAUUGGUGGAAGGAGGGCUGGCUUGACUUGUCCCUCAAACGCUCGAAGGCCGCGGCUGCACCUCUAGAAUGACUCGGAGCUUAUUUCGGGCCAAGGGGAAAGCGCCUCAGCAGGAAAGGUCACAUCUGAAGGGCUGACCACCUCGCGACCGCGGAAGCAAGGUGUGUUGCAAGGACGGACCUGCCGGCCCUCGCCCGCUGCCCCUCCUGCUCCCGCCCUCAGCCAGAGCAGGACGCAGCCUUCGACAGCUCCCAGAGCCCAGCGUACACGGUGGCAGCAGCAGACCUGGCCAGGUGCUGAGCCGCGGAGUCCGAGCAAUGUCGCUGCAGACAGUGCUCCUGCUGGCCCUGGCGGCCCAGGCGCUGGGGCUGGAGAACGGGCUUCUGCGGAGACCACCCAUGGGCUGGCUGGCCUGGGAGCGCUUCCGCUGCAACAUCGACUGUGCCGAGGACCCACAGAACUGCAUCAGCGAGAAGCUCAUCAUGGAAAUGGCCGACCGGCUGGCCCAGGAUGGUUGGCGCGACCUGGGCUACACGUACCUCAACAUUGACGACUGCUGGAGUGGGGGCCGUGACGCCCAAGGCCGCCUGGUGCCUGACCACAAGCGCUUCCCCAACGGCAUCGCCUUCCUGGCCGACUACGCUCACUCCCUGGGCCUGAAGCUGGGCAUCUACGGGGACUUGGGCAACUUCACCUGCAUGGGCUACCCGGGCACCACGCUGGACAAGGUGACCCAGGAUGCUGAGACCUUCGCUGAAUGGAAGGUGGACAUGCUGAAGCUGGACGGCUGCUACUCGACCCACGAGGAACGGGCAAUAGGGUACCCCAAGAUGGCUGCUGCCCUGAAUGCCACUGGCCGCCCCAUUGCCUUCUCCUGCAGCUGGCCAGCCUAUGAAGGGGGUCUCCCCCCUAAGGUGAACUACAGCCUGCUGGCAAACAUCUGCAACCUGUGGCGCAACUAUGAGGACAUCCAGGACUCCUGGGAGAGUGUGUUGUCCAUCUUGGACUGGUUUGUGAAACACCAGGACGUACUGCAGCCGAAGGCGGGCCCUGGACACUGGAACGACCCAGACAUGCUGCUCAUUGGGAACUUUGGCCUCAGCCUGGAGCAAGCCCAGUCCCAGAUGGCCCUGUGGACAGUGCUGGCAGCCCCCCUCUUUAUGUCCACGGAUCUGCGGACCAUCUCCCCCCAGAACAUGGACAUUCUGCAGAACCCACUCAUGAUCAAAAUCAACCAGGAUCCCCUGGGCAUCCAGGGACGCAGGAUUCUCAAGGACAAGUCCAACAUCGAGGUGUUCCUACGGCCCCUGGCCAGCGAGGCCUACGCCCUGGUCUUCUUCAGCCGCCGGACGGACAUGCCUUACCGCUACCAUACCUCCCUCGCCCAGCUGAGCCUCACCAGCACCAAGCUGUACGAGGCCCAGAAUGUCUACACGGGAGACGUCAUCAGUGGCCUCCAGGAUAAAACCAACUUCACAGUGGUCGUCAACCCUUCGGGUGUGGUGAUGUGGUACCUGUAUCCCGUCAGGAAGCUGAGAUGGCCCCAGGAUUGAGAAGUGGGGGUGCGUGACAGGCUGCAGUGGCCCCACAGCCUGGACUAGGAGCCGGCGGGCUCCUCUGCAACCCCAACAGACCCCAAGUUCCACACCCAGCCCACACGUGAGCCAUUGUGGAAAUCUGGGUGAUUCCCUCCGCCUUCCCGGCCUCACCCACAGAUGUCGCUGGACAACUCGGCCAGCACGUGGGUCCUCACAGGCCACAACAAGAUGCCCGUUGGCAUUCCAGCCUCUGGCCGUUUUGCUGACUCUGAAAUUGGGUGUUGGAAAUGGGCCUGACCUCUACCAGGAUUGCCCACGGGUCGUGCCUGGCUGAGACGGCCUGGCCAGCUGACGCUGGGGGCGUAACCCAGUGCCCUGGUGGUCACCAAUAAAGCCGUUCUUUGGUCAAGUGCUACAAUGUAGAUCUGGGGCCACAGCACUUUCAGCAAGUGGAUCCUUGGGGCAGCCCAUGGGUGCCCGUUUCCUCACAUCCAUGCUGACUGGCACCCUAUGGCCCAUGCUUUGCAGAGGGACCUGCCAGACAGGCCAGGUGCCCCCCAGGAAGCCACCCCUGCCCUCCUGCCCUGCCUGACAGAGGCAGUGCUGUCACCAGCCCUGGGCACCCCUUCCUCACCUGGUUCGAUGUCCCAGGGUCUGCAGGCCCCGUGCGGCUCCUCAGGUCCGUGCUGCUUGGCAGAAGUGUCUGGAAGGACUUUGCAUCAUUUCCUGUGCUGCCUUUCAGCUUGUGCCAUUCCUAACAGGGCUUCGUUCAGCAGCGCUCUGUGGCUGGGCGCCUGAGGGUCAGCCUUGCUCCCACAGGACCCUGCAGCUGCCUUCUCCCCGGUUUCUCCCCUGCAGGCAGUGGGGUUCCACCCCAGAUGUGCUCGCUGCCACGUCCAGCAUCUGUGUCCACACUUCCUGCUGCCCUCCUGGGCUGCCUGCCUCGGGCCCUGCUUCCCAAACCCUUCAGCAGAGCCCUAGGCACCGGCCUCCCAGGCCACUCCUGCCCACACGUGGGGAGCUGGCAGGGGCCAGCGAGGGAGCACUCCGUCACCCGGGUACAGCCCGGGCCUGCGCGCUCCCGCCCCGCAGGAGCCCUCCUGUGUAGACGCCCCAACCCUGGGUUGGAGGCCCCUGCAGAAAAUUCAGGAUAAAGAAUCUUGGUUUCCUUUUACUGGCGCUUCACCCUUGGUCCUGGGUGCCGAGGCCGUGGUCACUCAGGAGGGCAGACGCGUCCUCGUGGACACCUGCCAUAGCGCAGCUCAGUUCUGGUCUUGGUGAGAGCUGCUCGUGCAGACGCAGUUCUCGGUGGGACUCUCCUGCCAGCCCCAGGAAAGGCCCUCUCAUGCCUGGCCUACGGUGGCCAGCGGUCAAGCCCACGGGCUUGGGUCAGGCCCCGCCUGCUCCCUGAUUUCCGGACGAGAUACGGCUCAUGCUCUCCCCUGCGUGAGGUGUUCUCCUGUCGUCCAAUCUCUCUCCAGGCUCCAUUCGCCACACCCCUGCUAGCCUUCGGGGAUGUGGUUUCGCUCCAUUUUCCCAACUCAGGUUAGGAACUCCAUUACUUCUCCCAGCUCAAGGUAACCUGGUUUGAACGCAAAGGCAUCCCCUUCUCUUUCUAGAAGCUUCUUGGUAUAGACAUUUUCAAACAAAAACAAAACGCCGUCAACCUCCAUUUACCCGCCACACAGCUCCUGUGGCCGCCAGUGUGUUCUCACUUUGUGCCCUCCCACACACACUUGCGACGCGUGCGGGUGCGCGACAGCAAUGUCAGAACGCUCGACACCACAAUUCCAACAGACGGGACUGACGUUUAAAAACAUACGACCUGAAUAAAAUUUUCCACCCAACAAAAUCGACUUUAAAAUAACCUA